AUGAAGUCCUUAGUGUUCCUCUGCGGCAUGUUAGCCGUCUGUGCUGGUGCAGCAGUGCGACAAAAGCGCGGCUGGAGCAGCGGCUGGAAUACCGCAUUAGACGCUCUCAACAGCGGCUGGAGCACGGGAGUGGGCACUGUCACUAACGGCUGGAGAGGAAGUGAAGACUACCACGCACCUGCUGAGAAGGUCAUUUUCGUCAAGAAAGUCGUGAACGUGCAGCGCGAGGUCACCGUACCGCAAGUGGUCCACGUACGCAAGAUCAUCACAGAACCUCGUGUCGUCACUGUCAAGAAAAUUGUCCCCGUGUCUACCGGAUACAUUCCUUCAGGUUUAUAUUCUGGUGGAUACAGUGGUAGAUAUGCUGGUGGAUAUAGCGGUGGCUUUACCGCUGGAUCCGGCGGUGGAUGGUGGUGA